AAUGCUUCCAGUUUCAUUUCUGGCGGCAGACUGCUUCUCACAUCUGUACUUCACAUCUGUCCACAGCGACAUCUGCUCACGCUCCCUCACCUGUCUGGACCAGGAGAUUAAACUGACUCAGCUCAGAAGAUCAUUUUUCCAUCAUGAAUGCCAAGCUAACCAAAAGCAGGCAGAGAGCCAUCUGCUCUGAGCUGGGGAGAGUCAGGCUGCAGCUGCUGUACAAGGCCGGCGUCCACGGCUUCACUGGUGCAGCAUUUCACCAACAAUGUGACCACCGCUCUCCCACUGUGUCCGUGGGCUACAACAACUCUGGUUUUGUGUUUGGAGGCUACACCAAACAACCUUUUAAUCAGUCUGGAGGGUUUGUGAAUGAUGAUAAAGCUUUUCUUUUUACCUUCACUGGGGAGCAGCUCCUCAAGUAUCCCGUCACUGGUCCUGGAAAUGCAGUGAAAAUGAUCGGAAACUCUGGACCUCAUUUUGGAGAAGCACUGGUUCUUGUCCAUGGAAGCAAGCCAGUAGCGUACAGCAGUCCAGGAAAUUAUUACAACUUCACUGCUGCAGAGAUGCAUGGCAAUGAUCUCAACCUGACGGAGUGUGAAGUCUACCAAGUGGAGGAAAGCACUGAACUUGAGAGGCCAUGGAGGACGAUAGUGUGGGAGUCUGAGAAGAGGGAGGAGCUGGUUGAGAGCAUUAAGAGCUACAAACCCACAGUCAGCUCUGUGACCCAGGCUCGGGUUUUGCUCAUCGGACCAGUCGGAGCUGGAAAGUCCAGCUUCUUUAACUCUGUCAACUCUGUAUUCAGAGGCCACGUCACCAGCCAGGCCAUAUCUGGCUCCUCCUCCACCAGCCUCACCACACAGUUUCGCUCGUACUCUGUGAAAGCCGGGCGUGAAGGGAAACCUCUGCCGAUAAUCUUGUGCGAUACCAUGGGGCUGGAGGAGAGCAAAGGGGCGGGGCUUGACAUUGAUGACCUGAACAGCAUCCUCAAAGGUCACCUGCCAGACUGUUAUCAGUUCAACCCUUCAGCUCCUCUGCAUCCUGAGGCCCACGGCUAUCACAAGUCUCCUGGACUCAAAGACAAGAUCCACUGCGUGGUUUAUGUCAUUGAUAGCUGUAAGAUCUCCAUCAUGUCCACGGGGCUGGAGGAGAAACUGGACGCCAUCCGCAGAAAGGUCAACUUAAUGGGUAUUCCUCAGCUGGUGCUCCUCACUAAAGUAGAUGAAGCCUGCCCACUGGUGAAAGAGGAUGUGAGAAACAUUUACAAGAGUGGCUACAUUAAGGAGAUGAUGCAGGAGGUCGGCUCCCGGCUCGGCGUGCCGUUGUCCUGCAUCAUUCCAGUGAAGAAUUACAGCGAGGAGUUGGAGGUGGACACUGACUGUGACAUCUUGUUGCUCAGAGCCGUCAUUCAGAUGCUUCGCUUUGUUGAUAAUUACUUUGACGAGCUCAGUGACCGAAUGAGCAACAUGCAAACCAAAGAGGUGUGCCCCGCCUCUCGCCCUAUGACAUCCGGGAUAGGCCCGAACACCUCCGCCUUCUCGACAAGGAUAAGCACGGACGGAUGGAGCCUCUAGCCGGACAGGUCCACAAUAACACGUCACAUGAGUGUUCUUGACAUCACGGGACCUGCGGAACUGUUUCGAUGUUCAAAAAGCCAGUUAGAGAUGAGAUGGUGUCACAUGUAAAUGCUUUUUGUCAUUUUGUGAGAUUUGUUUCUUAUGCUUCGUUUAAGUUACCGGUGAUCAUGGUCGUUCGAGUCUUUGAUUCCUAUUUCUACUUCCUGGUUGUUCGAGUGGUUUAGAUGUUUCAGUUUUGCACUGUCUGUGCCUUUAUAUUAUCAUCAUCAUCAUCAUUGUUUAGAAGUGUUUGCAGGCUGUCCCUCUGCUCCUGUCCUCUCUUCUGUGAAUGCUUGAGACCGAGUCUGUGAGUUAGGGAUCUGCAACAAUCAAAGGUUGUUGAGCAUUUUGGCUUCAGUUGUCGUGAAUCGCACAGGUUCCACUUUCCGCGUGAACUCUGUCGUGAUGAUACACUGAGGAUUUCCUGUAAACUUGUUUUUCAAAUAGAAAUUUCAGUAAGUUUAAUAUUCAGUUAGGGUUUAUAUGUUCUCUGACUGGUAACUGACCAUUUAUGACUUAAAAGGACAAAGUUACAUCAUUUUAAAUAUGAGGAUCAUUUGAAUAAAUCAGUAACUGCCUGAAGUCUAAAACCCACGGCCAUCAAAUGUUGCAUUUGGGCUUCAGAUGUUUUCUGCUGAGUGUAACUGGUAAACUCUCUUCAUCCAUUGUUUGUGACGUUUUUCUAAAUCAUGGAAAUAAUUCUGCCAUCAUCAAACCCACUUUUUGCAUCAGGGUCUUUUUGGGUCUCACAAAAAGAAAAGCAGUGAAAAGGCACCAAACACAAGUUCUAAACUUGGAAAAACUUCAGAUAUUUUGUCUGUUUAAU